AUGGCGGCCACCUCCGAGGAGGCCAUCAAGCAGUUCUCUGCGCUCAUGGAGCAGCUGGAGGAGCCGCUCAAGACCACAGUCCAGAAUGUGCAUCAAGGAAAUCUGAGAGGGACUUUGGUGCGUUUUCUGAAGGCUAGAGAAUGGAGUGCUCCUAAAGCUCAUAAAAUGAUGUUGACCAUGAUUACAACUGUUGAUGACCUUAAUUAUCCUGAGAAAACGGAGACUUAUUACAUUGUGAAUGCUCCAUAUGUUUUUUCAGCAUGUUGGAAGGUUGUGAAGCCACUUUUACAAGAAAGAACUAAAAAGAAGAUCCAAGUCCUGUAUGGCUCUGGGAGGGACGAGUUACUGAAGGUUAUGGACUACGAGUCACUUCCGCACUUUUGCAAAAGAGAAGGACCAGGCUCAUCCAGGGACUCUUUAGAUGGAGUAGAUUGCUACUCGUACGAUCACCCUUUUCACCAGCAGCUGUACAACUACAUGAAGCAGCAAUCUCUGAAUCAGGACUCUGUUGGUCCCAGAAAACAAGGCUCAGUCCAUGUGGAUGUGCCUUCACCUGGCCUUGAGGAGGUCAAGCCUUGA